ACAAGUGCCAGUAGAGAUGGUGUAAUGGAAUUCGUCUAGUCGCCUAAGCUAGGCCACGUGCUGCUGUGUGUACGUUUGUGUUUGCUGUUCUCGUCAGUAAUCACCCUUAAAAGUACACGCGAUGUCUUCCGCCGGUUCUACCAAGAACAAACCGAAGAAGAGCAGCAACCUGCGCAUUCUGUGGAUACCGGGACGCAAAAAGCAACACCGCAAGGGUUCAUACAACCCGACGAAAAAUGGCCUUCCUCAGACGUACGGGAUGCAGCCACGCAAGAACGAAUCCUGGACGCUCGGUGGCACGAUGAAUCAUAAUAAAAUCAUAAACGCAAACUUUUAUUUCAGAGAUCUGCACGAAAACAACCUCGACGUGACGACCAUCAUGACUACGGCAGCCACCACCGGAAGUGCUAUGGCUGCGAUAAGCAACUCCUGCCAACCGAACGCCGAUUCACAGCACCAGCAACAGGAUCGGCUACAGUUAGAGCCGACUCCUUCAACGUCUCAAGGAGGCUCAGUCCAGCCACAGAUCGUCGUGGGCACGAUCGAGUUGAACAAUCUGAAUGGAGACGUCGCCAGCCACAGGCAAGAAAAGGACAUCAGCGCGAGCAACCAGUUUGAGGCGCUAACGCAAAUCGAAGAAGAUGAUGAGGAAAAGGAUCGAAACUGUUCAAACGCCCAGUCAUCCUCGUCGUUGCUCUCGUCGAAUAAUGACAAUCGCUCGACGGAGGAAAACAAUGUGCACAAUGCGGCCACUCUGUCGAUUAGUGAGCAGCACCGGUACCGAGGACGACGUCGCAGUAGCCAACGGGAUCGCCGGAGUGCCGAAGAUAUAGAUUCGAUCGAUCAAGCCGACAGUGCGGUCGAUGUAACGCACGAGGAUGUGUUCGAUGAUGACGACCAGGUGGCAGCUGAACAGGACGAAGAAAGGACAGUCGUGUUGCGUAAACGUAAGCGUCGGAAUCGUCAACGACGAUCGACGCGAAAUAUGUUCCCGGUCGCGGAUUCGGAUAUGGUAGACGGAGAGGAGACGCAAACGACAGAACCGUACGAAAAAGCGGUCACCUGUUUGUACUGGUCGCUUGCCUGCUGGGACUGCAACAUUUCAUAGGGCUGAUAAACAGGGGCGUCAACCCAGGGUAGCUACUAGAUGGGCACACUCGUUACUAUUGUCGCGUAGCGGUACACACUUAACAGACAACACCAAAAUUCGCACAAAAAUGCAUUCAUCUGUUAGAUGGCAGGGCGCGGAAAAACGGCAAAGUCGCGCAUAGCAAGUCGGCAAAGCUAUGCCAAACUGGCAGUAUGCUGCUCGAGUCGGGUAGAUGAAAUUAUAAAGCUAACGAAACUAGAGACUAUUGGCGUACGUCGAUUUGAACCACCAACUCGAAGCAAUAGAGAAAAAUGCCUGUAUUUCCGCACUUUUUAUACUGAAGUUAGGGUAGUUUUUUUGGCAAACCUUUACACACAAUAGGGUUAGAUAAGCGACUGGAAAUAAUGCAGUAGAAGUAGUGGGGUAUACAACAUAAUGAUAGAUUGAGUGUGUAACCCCUCCAAUGAUUAUAAUUAGUCUCCAGAGCAUAAGGCGCUUUUGGGGAGGAAACUAUAUUAACUUUGUGACACUGACGAGAAACUAUUUAUGAAG